AUGGCCUUGUCUGCAUCAUACUACAUGCCAGCUUCUUCAAGCUACUUACAGAACAUCAAAAGGGCCUUGUCUGCAUCAUACUACAUCUCAGACCAUGCCAGCUUCAUCAAGCUACUUACAGAACUUGGAAAGGACCUUGUCUGCAUCAUACUACAUGCCAGACCAUACCAGCUUAAUCAAGCUACUAACAGAACGUCAAAUAGGCCUUUUUUGUCUACAAGAGAUUCUAGUAAUGCAGAUCCAAACUACAGCAGCUUAUCAGAUACCAGCAUCGGAGAACCUAUGGCAACAUCAUCCCCCAACCAUCAACAAGGCAGCCAAAACAACAACGAGGGAACACACGGCAGAACCUACAUAUUCCCUCCUGAACUUGGGUAUGAUGUGAUACGCAGAGACCGCGAAGGGGAUGCACAUGGUGGGGUUCUUAUAGCUGCUACAACUGAACUCGGCCUGAAUCACCUUCACACCAAUGGGGACUCGGAACUCAAUUCGGGUAGCAUCAACAUAAGCCCUCGAAAGAAAGUGAUUUUAUCAUGCCUUUACCGUCCACCAAAUAGGCAAGAUCAGCAUACAACAGAUAAAGUUAUACACAAUAUAAGUGAGCUGCGCUCUCAACACAAGAAUAACAUCUUCAUACUAGGAGGUGAUUUCAACCUGCCAGACAUCGACUGGGAUAAAUAUGCAAUCAAUGGUUCCCAAACAUCAAGGGAAAUAAACAACGCCUUUAUGCAGAUGACUGCCGACCUAAACCUGCAGCAAGUAGUAGAUAUCCCGACCAGAGGAGAGAACAUCCUGGAUCUACUUUUAACAUCCCAUCCCGGGCAACUUAGUCGAUGUAAGACCAUCCCACCACUUGGUAACAGCGAUCAUGAUGUGGUACUCCUAGAUUUCACAACACACAUAUCUCGACCACGACCAAAGAGGAGAACCAUCUAUCUGUGGAAGAAAGCCAAUACUAACGGCAUCAGAGACGAGCUCCAGAGUCAAUUAGAUACCUUCACACAUACCAACUAUGAAGAUGUCAACAGCAUGUGGGGGUACAUUAAGGAUCUUAUAUUAGGAGCUGUAAAACAUCAUGUACCAUCUCGACGCACACUGGCUAAACAUACCCACCCGUGGAUGACCUCUGAGUUAAGACGCCUAAGCAACAGGAAACAGAAAGCCUACAAACGUGCUAAGCGCAGUAAGGACUCGAAAGACAAUAAGCGUUACAAGGCACUCAAAGGAAAACAGGAUUCAUCCCAGAUUGUGACAUUGAAGUCCAAGGACGGUUUCCUCCGUAGCGAUAUUGCCAGUAAAGCUUCGAUUCUGAAUGAGCAGUUCCAAUCUGUCUAUACACAAGAGGACUUGAGUCCUCUACCCGAUCUAGGACCUAGCCCCUUCCUUACUAUGGACAACAUAACCAUUAACGAGAGGGGAAUAUUGAAACUAUUACAGGGACUACGCCCAUUCAAAGCUACUGGACCCGAUGAGAUUCCAGCGUUCAUCCUGAAGCAAAGUGCAGAGUCCAUAGCCCCUUAUCUGACAAGGAUGUUCCAGCUUUCCUUAGAUUACGGUCAGAAACCAGAUGAAUGGCCCUGCAAACUCCUGGAACAUGUUGUACACAGCACAGUUAUGGACCACUUUGAUCGGAACAACAUCCUCUGUGAUGAGCAACAUGGCUUUCGAGCCCGCCGAUCAUGUGAGACACAACUUGUUAUUACACUGGACCAGUUAGCCAGAAACAUGGACCAGGGAUACCAGACAGACGUAAUACUUCUGGACUUUUCAAAGGCUUUUGACAAAGUCCCCCACCAACGUCUUCUACUGAAAUUGGAGCACUACGGAGUGUCAGGCACCACUCUAGGCUGGAUAAAGGACUUCCUAAGUCGGAGAACCCAAUCAGUGAUCCGAAACCAGAGAGAUGCAGACAAAUUACAGAAAGAUCUCACUGCCUUAGAAGGAUGGGAGAAGAAGUGGCAGAUGUGCUUCCACCCCGAAAAGUGUACAGUCAUUCGGAUCUCCAACAAACGACAGCCACUGCAAACAUCAUACACCCUGCAUGGACAUCAGCUGGAAGUGGUGGAGAGUGGGAAGUAUCUUGGUGUUACCAUCUCCCAAGACCUACAGUGGAAUAACCAUAUACACAAUAAGAUUGGGAAAGCUACAAGAAUCCUGGGCUUCCUGAGACGAAACCUUGGCCAGUGCACACCAUCAGUUAAAGCAACAGCGUACUGUACCAUGAUCAGACCAUCGACCGAAUAUGCGUCACCAGUGUGGGAUCCCUACCAGACCAACUUAACAAAGGAUUUAGAACAGGUACAGCGUAGAGCGGCCAGGUUCGUCUUUAAUCAGUACACGGAUACCUUCCCCGGGUGCGUAACAUCUUUACUUGAACAACUAGAGUGGGGCUCACUCCAGCAUAGGAGAACAACACAUCGAUUAGUCCUAUGCUACAAAAUAAGGAACCGCCUGGUGGACAACAAUCCAGACAAGUAUUAUACACCCGGGGACAGAAGAACUAGAGGCAGCCAUAGAUACAGACAGCAUCGUGCCAUCAAGGAGACAAGAAUUCAUUCUUCCCACGGUCGGUGA